UUGUAAUUCCAGAACUCCCACAAGAAAAUGUUUGUAAGGUGGAGGAGGACGGGGUUUUCAGUGACCAGCACCUGCAUAAUCUGGAGAGGAGCUGCAGCCCGGACCAGGAGGAACCAGGGCAUCCACAGACUACAGAACUGGAGGAAGACUCCAGCGGUCAGGAGAUGAAGCAGGAGGACGUAGAGGUGGAUGUCUCAUUGGUCAAUGGUGCUGAUGUGAAAGUUGAAAAUGGUGAACCAGGACCAAACUGUGGCCAGCUGUUGUUGCACACUUCUCCUGAAGCUCAAAACAAAGAUGAGGAAGGGACUGAAAGUUUACGCUCAGACUCCAGUAAAACUGCAAAUCCGCAGCCAAUGAGACGACACGGUGACCACGAAGAUGCUGCUGUCCCGUCAGACAGCAACUGUAAAUCAAAGCUGACCAGGACCCACACGGGGAAGAAGGCAUUUUCUUCCAGCACUUGCAGGAAAGAGUUCAGUAAAAGUAGUAUAUUAAUGGAUCACAUAAAGAUCCACACUGGCGAAAGGCCAUACUUGUGCAACACCUGCGGAAAAUCGUUUACUAAAUCAUCAGCUCUUAAACGCCACAUAACCACACACACGGGCGAGAAGCUCUACGUCUGCAAAACAUGUGGAAAAAGUUACAGGCAAAAUUCCAACCUGGUGGUUCACUCGAGGACCCAUACUGGCGAAAGGCCGUACCUGUGCAACACCUGCAGCAAAACCUUUACUAAUUUAUCAGAUCUUAAACGCCACAUAACCACGCACACGGGCGAGAAGCUCUACGUCUGCAAAACAUGUGGAAAAAGUUACAGGCAAAAUUCCAACCUGGUGGCUCACUCGAGAAUCCACACCGGUGAAAGGCUGUUCGUGUGCAACACCUGUGGAAAAACCUUUACUAAAUCAUCAAAUCUUAAAAGCCACAUAUCCACACACACGGAUGAGAAGACCUACAUCUGCAAAACAUGUGGAAAAAGUUACAAAGAUUGUUCUAACCUGGUGAUUCACUCGAGGAUCCACACCGGUGAAAGGCCAUUCGUGUGCAACACCUGCGGAAAAACCUUUAUUAAAUCAUCACAUCUUAAAAGCCACAUAUCCACACACACGGAUGAGAAGCCCUACAUCUGCAAAACAUGUGGAAAAAGUUACAGGCUACGUUCAAACCUGGUGAUUCACUCGAGGAUCCACACCGGCGAAAGGCCGUACCUGUGCAACACCUGCGGAAAAACCUUUACUCAAUCAUCACAUCUUAAAAGCCACAUAACCACGCACACGGGCGAGCAGCCAUACUUGUGCAACACGUGCAACAAAGGUUUUAGCCGCAGAAUUGAUUUGCUGAGUCACAUGACAAAUCACCCGGAGGAGAAGUCUGGUGACUCGUGACAAAUGAAGCUCAUGUUGUCGUCCUCUGGGGGCAGCUAUCCACUCCUGUCUGACCCACAGAAGAAGAACCCACAGAAGUCCAACCACCACCUCCUGUGGCUGAUGAGCCUAAU